CCUUUUUCUCUGCUGCGUAUGCGUCAAUUAUCGACAUUUUUGAAGAGAAUGGACUGCAGUUUGAGAAGAUUGGAAGAGCAAAGUUGAUGGACGAAGACAAGAUGUGCAAAUGGCAGAAUGUAAGCCUUGCUUCCUAUGCGAAUGCAUUGACAAUGAACGAGGAUGCCGAGGAAGUAGAUCUGGUCAUGCUGAAGGCAUAUUUGCAGCGGGCUUUUAACGAAAUCUGCCGCGAGUUCAACUUAACGAAUGAGAGCACUUCUUCACAAAGUGAACUUGCAAUCAUCAAUGCUAGACCCUCGAAGUACCUCAAUGGAAUUCGCCUGAAAUGGAAUGUCCGAAAAUUUAGAAAUGAUCUCACCAACCUUUUUCUCUAUAAUAAAAUCGACGUUCCAUUUUACAGUACAUUCGAGAAGGAAUUAUUCGACGAUGAAGUGGACAUCGAUGAAUUCGCACAAACAACCGCAGUUUUUCCAAAACGUUGUGAGGCAGAGGACAUGAUAGUGGAAGCUCAAUAUUGUCCGAUUUAUGAUAAAUCAACGAUGGAAGGAGAUGUUUAUGCGAUAAGUCACACCGGUCAGAUGAUGGAGAAAAGCAAGGUUUUUCUGCUCUAUGACGUCCCUAAUUAUGUGCUAGUAAAUGGAGAGGAUGUAAUUCCUAUCGAGUUUGACUCCUGCAAAGCAAUGAAUGGAACCUCGUUUCUGUGCACUGAAAAAGCUAAAAGUCACUGCGAUGUUACUGCAAUAAAUUCAUGUAACAUUUAUGCGGAGUCCACCGCUUCCAACUUUUAUCGGGCCCGCUCUUAUGGUAACGCAGUAAUUGUUGCCACUAAUCUGCCGGAAGUGAAGAUUGAUGGAGUUGCUAUCAAUGUAGUUAGUCCAGUAUUUACCUAUCACACAUCGCAAUACAUCGAGAAGGAUGAGGAUGAUCAGCCAUUGAUAAUGCAGUCUUCAAGAACAUCCCCUGCUACAAUGAAGGUAGUUAAUCUU